UAUCUUUCCCUCCUCAGAUAUCUGGCAGGCUGGCUGUCGAAAACCAGGACACAGGCCAUUAGCACUGAAGCCCACGCAUGCUGCCGCAUACAUAGACAACGGGUUUAGGACAUGCUGGUUUGGUGGAUGCAGGAGAUGAAUGACUGCUUCUACCUUACAGGUCUGCUGUCAGAGAUGAAGCUGGCUGUGCCCUGGGGUCACAUUGCUGUCAAAGUCUGGGGCUCCCAGAAGGACCCUCCAGUUCUCUGCCUGCAUGGCUGGUUGGACAACGCCAACUCCUUUGACAGGCUCAUUCCUCUUCUUCCACAAGGUUUUCAUUAUGUGGCCAUGGACUUCGGAGGUCACGGUCUCUCGUCCCAUCACCACCCAGGUUUCCCAUAUUACCACCAAAGUUUUGUGAGUGAUGUCCGACGGGUGGCAACAGCCUUUAAAUGGACUCGGUUCGCCAUCCUGGGCCACAGCUUCGGUGGCACGGUGGGCAGCAUGUUCGCCUGCACCUUCCCCGAGAUGGUGGACAAACUUAUCUUACUGGAUACUAUACCGUUUGCCCUGGACUCUAAUGAAAUGGAGAACAUCCUGACCUACAAACGGAGGAACAUAGAACACAUGCUGAAGGUGGAAGCUUCCCAGAAGUCCCUGAGGGUGUCCAGCCCUGAGGAGCUUUUGCAGGGGCUCCUGAGUAAGAACAUCCAUUUGAAGAGAGAGUGUGGGGAACUCCUACUGCAGAGAGGAACCACGAAGGUGGGCACAGGUCUGGUGCUGAACAGGGACCGGAGGCUCUCUCUGGCAGAGAACAUCACUGACUUCACGAGCAAGGAGAUGUUUAUGCAGUUUAUCAGCAGCCUGCAGGCCAAUGUGUUGUUCAUCAAAGCAACACAGGGGUACUUUGAUGUGGGACAAGAGAAUGACAACAAGAAGCAGCCACUGCUCUUCCUGCUGGACGCGCUGAAAGUCACCCUAAAGGAGCGGUUCCAGUAUGUGGAAAUCCCAGGCAAUCACUAUGUCCACAUGAAUGAGCCCCACCUUGUGGCUGGAUUCAUCAGCUCUUUCCUACAGAGCCAACCCAGGACCUCUUCAAGGCUGUAGCUCUGGC